AAAUUCGAGGCGGGUAUUCCAAAAUUUAGCAAAAUAACAAGUCCAGACAUAUCAAAGUCAAUGACAACAAAUAGUUUUCAUCAGUAGUUUUAAUUAUUUCAUUUUAAAAUUAACUUUGUAUGUUUUUGAAAGGAACAACCCCACAGAUCAGGUGAGCAAUCAGCAUAACCAUACAAGUUUACUAUAUGUGCGAAUUUUUGGUGGCCUGUAUGAGAAAGGAUGGAGACUCGGGAUGGAGUUCCGAUGUUUGACCCUGGAUCUCCUGUUGGAACACCGCUUAAUCAGGACACGCCAGCGUCACUGAGAUGUAGGAAGCGCAUACCUGAGCCAUUGUGCAGUCCUAUAGCAACAGAUGGGAGCCACUUUCCAGCAGGAAGCCCGAUGGGUCAUCUGCCUAGCCCAAGUCCGAGCCCGGCUAGCAAACGAUAUGUGGGUGUGUCUAGUAAUGCGAGGAAUAACAUCUACAUGAAGACGUUGAUGAAUAGUCCCUACCACAAGAAUUACACACCUCUCUCGGCUACUCCAGGUUUCAGCCCUGCUUAUAAUACUCCAGCACGAACAAAAGCAGAUAAGCAUGAGAGCCCACACCCGGGGGUCACCUCAACGCCCCAGGGCACAAAGCCACCAAGUAGUGCUAAAAAGUUUGUCACACCUAAAAAUGUAAUGAACCCAUUUGAGAAUGGUGUUGAUGACCUUCACCUACCAGCGUACAUGAGCCCGGGCUUUUUCACUGUUGUUUCAACACCAGCAUCGGAGGAAAAGAAAAUGUUUAGUUGGUCUAUAGAACAUAUAGCAGAGUUACGUCCAGCAGAUAUAGACGAGAUGCCUGUAGAUCAGACUCACUCUGUCAUGCCAGACCGCGAGACAGAGGAGCGUGCUCAGCGUGCCAUAGAACAGUUCUUUGCCAACAAUCUGAUUCACCCCUCACCAUGGAGUGAUCCUAAAAAGAGCAAGAAGAAAAAUAUACUCCCUGUCACACCUGCUUCACAAGGGAGUGGAAGCAAGCAAGCAGAAGAUAUGAUCACAGAGUUACAGGGGUCUAUACAGAAAACAUUGCCUCAUAAACAGGGAAUGGUUGAUUCCUCCUGUCAGACAAUGCUGUCUUUGCCAGUGGACUUUGACAUGCAGAAAGUAUUGGGUGCCUACAUGUCACAGGAUGGUAAUGUUGAUGAGGGGAACCAGCAAGAUAUGUUGAGUACUUCCUCUCUGCGCAGGAAGUUGUUUUUCCAUGGAGACACAAGUAGUCUGGCUCCUAGCCCUGUUAAGGGAGUAAAUCUAGAACCAUGUUCUCCAGUGUUCACAAAGCAAACACAACCUAAUUGGGAGCGCACCACUCCACUGAGAAACACACCCAACUUUUCAUCUAGUCCAAUCAAGAGUGCUGGUACACCACAGUAUAGAAGACGAUCAUCAGAUCCUGAGUUCCUUGCUUCACCAGAGUUAUCUCCCAUUGUACAUGGCAAUCUCCCUAGUACAGGAAGAAAGUCAAAGUCAAGGUCAUCGGGAGUGUUUCAGGCUCACAGUGCAGACUUUGAGAUCAGUCCAGUCAGUGAUUUCUGUGAUCCACACUCUGGUAGGGACAGCCCCAUGUCUCCUAUACCAUUCCACGGGAUCUCGCCAGACAACCACGAGGAGGACUUCCGGCCGAAGUUUGAAGACAGCCCAGGUUUCUCCCCGAUUCGGCCUCCUAAGACGCCUAUCAGGAAGAUACUGAGAAGAAGUCAGGAGGAGUCGUAUAUACAAAAUGAAUGUUGUGACAGUGAGGAGGAGAAUGAAUCAGUGACGCCUGUAUCCACCAACCCCAAACUGACCAGUAACUCUCUCACACCUGUAGACGCAAUAUCGCCAAUACGACAGUCACCAAAACACACAGUGUCAGGAACUCUCUCAAAAUCUCACAGUUGUACAGAUUUACAGCAUACAAUGGAUUUUGAGUCUGUACCUAUCCCUCGUGAUAACAUCCUCACUUCCAGUCUAUGUGAUACAAGAGAUUUCUCUGCUUCAGCUGACUUCAGUGAUGACACACAUCUGAGAACCAGUCUGUCCAAUCAGGAUACUGGGUACCAGACAGCUAGUUUGCAAUCAACCAAUCAGGAAUCAGUAUCUCUUCAUACAAAUCUGACCAAUCAGUUUGGCUCAUUGCCUUUCAAUGUGACCAGUCAGGAUACAAGUCACAUGUUGACCAAUCAGGAUAAGCCUCCUGUUUUAAAUCUGACUCAUCAUUUCUCUAUGAUAGCCAAUCAGGAUGAAGAGGACAAAAAUUUCAUUCCUGACACAAAUAAUCAUAAAAGUGCUCCAUUGUUUCCGAAACAAAAACUUCUGUUUAUGGAUGAUGACGUAGAUAUUGAGCAUACUCCUAAGAACAGUCUGGCCGUGAGACAAAAUUUUGAAGAUAGUGCUUUACCGGAUGAUUUAAGCUCAAGUCAGGGCAAAAUGGAUAUAGAUAUGAAAACUGGUGACCUAGAUUCAGUAGAUUGUGUGGACAGCCAGGAUGAGGAGGAGGUGUUGACGAGAGCCCGGCAAGCGCUGGCCAUGGCUAACAGUAUGUACCCUCUUGAUAAAGAGAGAGACAAGAUGUCAGCUGCAAGGAUAUCUCCCAUUGAGUCAUUGUCACAAAAACCUUCCGAACAUAUCAGUUCUAAAGCAAAGGAGCAUCAGCCAAGUGCUAGUGAGAUCGCAUACUCGAUAAUCCAGCGGGCUGGAGAAGAUCUCGCUAGAUUUGGUUCGUUCAAGUCCAGUAAAACUACAGAACUAACAAUGGAAGGCCUACACUGAAAUUUAUAUAACAACUUUACGACACUGAGAAUGCAAGUGAUUGCAGAAAUUGUCGUAUACUGUAUUACAGGGUUUGCAUAGACAUUGAAAAAUCCUUGCAUUUGAUUCUGGUCGUUGAAAACUUCUGAAAAAUAACUUAAAACGAAACUGAUUUUUGAAAAGAAAAUGAUAAAAUUUUAUCCAUAUGCAACUCCUGAGUUCUUUGUGUACUUACUUUAGGAAAAGAAAUUAUUUUAAAAAAUGAAAUAGAUUAAAAAAAAGAAGAUAUGUACAAGGAAAAUAUUUUUAGGUAUUUCUUCACUUCUUGAUCCUGGUAUGCACCAAGACUUCGAGUGGUUAUACAAUGUAUAAUGUAGUAGUUUAUGACUGCAUCUUAUUGCAGUUUACAUGGUGAAAUUUCAGUUGUCACACUGUUUUAUGGAAGUAGUUGAUAAAAGUUAUAAAGAAUAAGAUUUCAUUGGAAAUGGAGAAUUGUCUUCUUACUCUGGCUUACAAAUCAUGUUAUAUUUCAUAAUCUGUUUUUGUGAUUUACCAAAGAUAAGAGGUUUAGAUGCAUUUAUAAUUUGUGUUUUGAAAGUAUUAUUUCUUAAUUUGUUUUUGAAAGUGAACCAUAUUUUUAAUUAUUCUUUAAAUGGUGUAAAAGUAACUGUACAAGUAUAUAAUUAUUUAAGUUCUUUACCUAUUUUAAUUCCUAUGUUUCCGACUAUAACUUAGUAUAAGGGAUGGUACUAAAGUUUGUGUAUGUUUACCUUGAAUAGUAUUUUUAUAUUUGUAUUGUUGUAAUGUACAAUAAGAAAAGUGAAUGAAUUGUCGGAAAAUUGAAUGAGUAUGACAUACAAUGACAUAUGUACCUUUAAAAUUUGAAUUGAUAAAGGAUUGAUAAAAAAAAUGAUAAAAUGAAAUGAUGAAAGUUUGCUCAGUAUAUAUUCAUACAUUCAUAGACCAUGUCAGCUUGUUGGAGUAAUUUAUACAGGAGCUUCAGUGGCCAAGUGGCUAAAGUCACUGGCUUUGAAUCACUUUCCUCUCACUGCUGUGGGUUCGAAACCUUGCUUGGGAUGUAGAAUUCUUACAUGUGAGGAACCCAUCCAGAUGGCUUAAAGAGGGGUAGUGGUUCUACCCAGGUGGUCCUGCCCAUGAUUAAAUAAUGCCUUGAGGGGAACCUGGGGUCUUCCUCCACCAUCAAAAGCUGGAAGUUGCUAUAUGACCAAUGAUCGUGUUGAUGUGACGUUAAACCCAACAAAAGACAACAUCAAUGUGAAUCUGUAUCACAAUCCUAUGGUAUGAAAUUUGCAGUAUUUUAAAGUUUUGGCACCUUAAGAUGCUACAUAUUAAAAUAAACAGCAGAAUGCUACAGUGUACCCUUUAGAAGUGGGAAACCCAAAUCUCUGACAAGGAAGAGUUAUUAAUAGUGAACAAAACCAUUGCACUGUUUGAAUAAUCUAACCAGGUCUUUAUUAGCUUUGUAUCUAUAUUAUUGAAAUACCUUAAAAAUUCAUGUUUGAAAUUUUAAAAGCAAGGAUCUGAAUAAUAUUUAUUGGAAUAUGUGAUUGCUGAGAUUUUCUAUCCAUGUAUAUGAAUGCUGGGAAAUCAUUGAUACUUGUAGGGGACUAAAAUUCAUUGGUUUCCUGGUUGAUCCAACCCACAAUAUUCCAACCAAUCAAAAAUGCCCACCUGCUUUGCUAAAUUUAAGCAGAGCGAAGACCUACGGAUCGCAGGGUCGUGACUUCUAUCCUUGGCGCAUGACAUGUUCUUUCUGACUAUUUAAUCCCCCGCCGUGUCGGAGGGAUUAUAGGAAUGGUCUGUGUCCGUCCGUCCUUCAGUCUUUCCGUCCUUCCGUCCGUAACAAAAUCGUGUCCGGUCCAUAUCUCCUUAACCCCUUGAAGGAUUUUCAUGAAACUUGGGUCAAAUGAUCACCUCAUCAAGACCAUGUGCAGAACCCAUGAGUCAGCCAUGCCGGCUCAAGGUCAAGGUCACAACUCAAGGUCAAAGGUUUGAGCCUUCCAUUUUGUGUCCGCUCUAUAUCUCUUAAACCCCUUGAAAGAAUUUUAUAAAACUUGGGUCAAAUGAUCACCUCAUCAAGACAAUGUGCAGAACCCAUGAGUCAGUCAUGCCGGCUCAAGGUCAAGGUCACAACUUAGGGUCAACGGUUUGAACCUUCCAUUUUGUGUCCGCUCUAUAUCUCCUAAACCCCUUGAAGGAUUUUCAUCAAACUUGGGUCAAACGAUCACAUCAUCAAGGCGAUGUGCAGAACUUAUGAGUCAGCCAUGUCGGCUCAGGGUCAAGGUCACAACUGAAGGUCAAAGGUUUGAGCCUUCCAUUUCAUGUCCGCUCUAUAUCUCCUAAACCCCUUGAAGGAAUUUUAUAAAACUUGGGUCAAAUGAUUACCUCAUCAGAACGAUUUGCAGAAAGUCAACCAUGCCAGCUCAAGGUCAAGGUCACAACUAAGGGUCGAAGGUUUGAGCCUUGCAUUUGGUGUCCACUCUGUACCUCCUUAACCCCUUGAAGGAUUUUCAUCAAACUUGGGUCAAAAUGAUCACCUCAUCAAGAACUCAUCAGUCAGCCAUGUCAACUCAAGGUCAAGGUCAGAACUGAAGGUCAAAGGUUUCAGCUCUGUAUCUCCUAAACCCCUUGAAGGAUUUUCAUGAAACUUUGGUCAAAUGAUCACCUCAUGAAGACGUUUUGCAGAAUUCAUGAGUCAGCCAUGUCAGUUCAAGGUCAAGGUCACAGCUUAAAUCAAAGGUUUUACCCUUUCACUAUCCAUAGCAGUGGCGGGGGAUUUAGCUGUCUUUCAGACUGCCUUGUUGACAAAAUACAUUGUAUCUGAAAUCCGCGUCCUCCACAUGGGGAAGUUGGCAGUUGUUGGCAGAGAACAGGUUUGUACUGGUACAGAAUCCAGGAACACUGCCUGCUGUUUCAUAACUGAAAUACUGUUGAAAAUGGUGUUAAACCCCAAACAGACUAACAUACAACCAGUCAAAUACCAAUUGACUUUAUGUUCAAAGGUCACUGUCCACAAAUAAAUAUCCAAACUAAAAUAGCCAUUUUGCUCAAAAACCAUGAAAUUAUGUCCCCCCACCCCUGCACACCCCCCAAAAAUGAUUUUGCAGCACUUGAUUUCGUUUGCUGGGUACAUGUAUUAUGUUUUUGUGGAUUUGUUUGUUUACUAUGAUAACUGAUAUACCUAUUGUGCCAAAAGAAGAUUUCAUUGUGUAAUAAUUGUGUACAUAGAUUCUUAACAAAAGUUUAUAUGUGACUGUGUAUUUGAUGAAAUGUGUAGUAUUAGUAAUGCCUGUUUGUAUUUGCGUUGAAUGCACUUCAUAUUAAUUUUUAUUGCAAUAUAUUUUUUGAAAUGUUUAUAAAUUCUGUUCAUACACUGAUAUGCCCUGCACUCUGAAAACAGAUAUCUGCUCACUCCCAUCUUCUAACAUAAAAUUGAAAGACAUGGAAACCAGUUGUGUGUUUUUCCCUUUGCUCUUGUUUAUGGCCUUACUUAUUCCUGGCUAGCUUAUUAGGAAGGUAUAAUACCUUGUAUCAUUGGUUGUUUGUAGACUCCCCAACACAACUGAUGUUCUCUGUGAAGAUAGAAGACAGUGCUUCUGAAGUCAUUAGUCCUCCCCACUUGGAGUCAUGUUGUGUAAACAUGACAAUUACUUGCAGCUGCUAAGUCACUACUCGUGCAGAAUCCAGAAACACUAGGUUAACUACCGUCACAUAACAGAAAAACUGUUAAUAAUUUAGGUUAAACCCAAUCAAACAAAAAAAUCUUUGCUAUACAAGUAUUAUACUCAUAUGAAUUAAGAUUGUUAAUUUUGGUUCAGCUACAUUUGAUUUAUUCACUGCUGUGUCAGUUGAAAUAAGUUUCUGAAGACGAAGAAAAAUCUUGUACUACUCUUUAUUUUGUAAUUAUCAAGCAAUUCAGAAUGAUGCACUGUACAAGUCAGAUAAUGUAUGUGUUGAAAAUCUCAAAAAUUCUAUAUUGGAACAAACUAUCAGAUUUUUAUCCUUUAUUUUUUUGAAGGGUGGUUAAAAAUAUUUGUAAUUGUGGUGUACAUAAAUAUUUCCAUCUUGUUAUGUAAAACUUGUGUUGAUUUUAUGAAAUAAAAUGAAUGUAUGCAUAAAUA